AGCGAGCCCGGCGGCCGCGCUUUCCUGGAGAAGCGGCGGGCGGGACGGCCAGCGGAGCCGGGAGCUGAGGCAGCCGCUUGGAUGGGGUGUUGACAAAUCUCCUAGGACUUUGGAAGGCUGAAUGGAUUAAACAUGAAGAGCCUGAAAGCGAAGUUUAGAAAGAGUGAUACCAAUGAGUGGAACAAGAAUGACGAGCGCCUGCUGCAGGCUGUGGAGAACGGAGAUGCUGAGAAGAUGGCCUCACUGCUGGGCAAGAAGGGGACCAGUGCCACCAAGCAUGACGCCGAGGGCAGGACCGUUUUCCACCUUGCUGCUGCGAAAGGACACGUGGAAUGUCUCAAGGUCAUGGUUACACACGGUGUGGACGUGACUGCCCAAGAUACUUCCGGUCAAAGUGCGUUACAUAUCGCAGCCAAGAACAGUCACCCAGAGUACGUCAAGAAGCUCCUUCAGUACAAAAGUCCAGCUGACAGUACUGACAACUCUGGGAAGACAGCUUUACACUACGCAGCGGCACAGGGAUGCCUUCAAGCUGUGCAGGUCCUCUGUGAACACAAGAGCCCCAUAAACCUUAAGGACACAGAUGGGAACAUACCUCUGCUUGUUGCAGUACAAAACGGCCACAGUGAGGUCUGUCACUUUCUCUUGGAUCAUGGAGCAGAUGUCAAUUCCAGGGACAAAAAUGGAAGAACUGCUCUCAUGCUCGCUUGUGAAGCUGGCAGCUCUAGUACUGUAGAAGCCUUAAUUAAAAAAGGUGCCGACCUGAACCUUGUAGACUCUCUUGGACACAAUGCCUUAUAUUAUUCCAAACUCUCAGAAAACGCAGGAAUUCAAAGCCUUCUAUUAUCAAAAAUCUCUCAGGAUGCUGAUUUAAAGACCCCAACAAAACCAAAGCAGCAUGAUCAAGUCUCUAAAAUAAGCUCAGAAAGAAGUGGAACUCCAAAAAAACGCAAAGCUCCACCACCUCCUAUCAGUCCUACCCAGUUGAGUGAUGUGUCUUCUCCGAGAUCAAUAACUUCCACACCACUUUCGGGAAAGGAAUCAGUGUUUUUUGCUGAAGCACCCUUCAAGGCUGAGAUCAGUUCUAUCCAAGAAAACAAAGACAGACUGAGCGACAGCACGACAGGUGCAGACAGCUUGUUGGAUGGAAGUUCUGAGGCUGACCAACAAGAUCUUCUUGUCCUAUUGCAAGCAAAAGUCGCUUCCCUUACCUUACACAACAAGGAGUUACAAGAUAAAUUGCAGGCCAAGUCACCCAAGGAAGCUGAAGCAGACCUGAGCUUUGAGUCUUUCCAUUCCACUCAGACUGACCUGGCCCCCUCCCUGGGCAAGUCUAGUGAAGCCCCUUCCUCAGAUGCCAAAUCGUCGCCACCUGUCGAGCAUGUUAAUGUCAGAAUCCAGCAGCUACAAGACAGUCUGCAAGCUUUGCAGAGGCAAUUGGAGAGUUCUGAAGCGGAGAAGCAGCAGCUCCAGGCCGAACUCCAGUCCCAGAGGACAGACCUGAGGUGCCUGAACAGCGCAGAGAUUUCAGAGAACGGCUCUGACCUCAGUCAGAAACUCAAAGACACUCAGAUCAAGUACGAGGAGGCCAUGAAAGAAGUCCUGAGUGCGCAGAAGCAGAUGAAACUGGGCCUCCUCUCCCAUGAGAGUGCGGAUGGCUAUUUGCAUCUCCGAGAGCCGGGGGUUGCUGAUGGUGAAGUUGGCAUUCUAAAGCAGAACCUGCAGAACGCCCUGGAAGAAAGUGAAAGGAAUAAACAGAGGGUGAGAGAGUUAGAAACAAAGCUGGCGGAGAAAGAGAAGGCUGGGGCCGCUAAGCCACCUGCAGAAGAGUGUGAGGAGAUGAAAAGCUCAUACUGUGCUGUCAUCGAGAAUAUGAAUAAGGAGAAGGCGUUUUUGUUUGAGAAGUACCAGCAGGCCCAAGAAGAAAUCAUGAAACUAAAAGAUACACUCAAAAGUCAGAUGCCACAGGAAGCCCCUGAUGACACUGGGGACAUGAAAGAGGCCAUGAACAGGAUGAUAGAUGAACUCAAUAAACAGGUGAGCGAGCUGUCGCAGCUGUACAAAGAAGCCCAGGCAGAGCUGGAGGAUUAUAGGAAGAGGAAAUCUCUAGAAGAUGCAGCUGAAUAUAUCCACAAAGCCGAGCAUGAGCGGCUGAUGCACGAGAAAAACCUGUCCAGGGCGAAAGCGGAAGAAGCACUGUCAGAAAUGAAGUCGCAGUAUUCCAAGGUGUUGCACGAGUUGACACAGCUCAAACAGCUGGUAGACGCUCACAAGGAGAACUCUGUGUCCAUCACAGAACAUUUGCAGGUGAUAACCACGCUGCGGACAACGGCCAAAGAGAUGGAAGAGAGAAUAAGCAACCUCAAAGAGCACCUUGCAAGCAAGGAAGCUGAAGUCACAAAGCUGGAGAAGCAGCUCCUGGAAGAGAAAGCUGCCAUGACCGGCACCAUGGUCCCCAAGGCUUCCUAUGAGAAGCUCCAGGCAUCCUUAGAGAGUGAAGUCAAUGCGCUAGCAACGAAAUUAAAGGAUUCGGUGAAAGAGAAAGAGAAAGCCCACUCGGAGGUCGCCCAGGUUCGAAGUGAGGUCUCACAGGUGAAGAGGGAAAAGGAAAACAUCCAGACCCUCUUGAAAUCCAAAGAGCAGGAAGUGAGUGAACUUGUGCAGAAAUUCCAGCGUGCUCAGGAAGAACUUGAAGGGAUGAAAAGAUGUUCUGAGACCUCUUCAAAGCUGGAGGAGGAUAAAGACGAAAAGAUAAAUGAGAUGUCAAAGGAAGUCAUGAAGUUGAAGGAGGCCCUCAACAGCCUCUCGCAGCUCUCCUACUCCACAAGCUCAUCCAAGAGGCAGAGCCAGCAGCUGGAAGUGCUCCAGCAGCAGGUGAAACAGCUCCAGAACCAGCUAACGGAAUGUAAGAAACAACACCAGGAGGUCAUAUCGGUUUAUAGAAUGCAUCUUCUGUAUGCUGUUCAGGGCCAAAUGGAUGAAGAUGUCCAGAGAGUCCUGAAGCAAAUUCUUACCAUGUGUAAAAACCAGUCCCAGAAGAAGUAAACUGGACACAUUGGCAGGACUCCGCCCCUUUUGUCACCUGUUUUUGUGUUAGAUCUGGAGUUGUCACCGACCACUGCCAUUGUUCUUAUCCAUGGUGUGCACUGUGACCUAGCGCAGCUUCUUUUCCAGAGGUUUCUGGGGACUAGUCCCAGGAGAAGAUGCUCUCCUCAAAACUGCGUGGGUACUUCAGACCAGCAGAGGUGAUGGUCCCUGUCAUCUCUUCAGAAUCUACAGCUGGGAUCAGCUAUGCCCCAAACUCUGCCCUGCCUUCCUUGGUACCUAGCUAUCUGAGUGAUGUCCCUGAGUUAAAAGGUGCAUAGUCCUUGCUCUCUGCCCUUGGGCCAUGCCAUUCAGCAUGGAGGAACAUCUUUGCCCUUCCCCAACCACGAUUUAAUUUCUAACCAAAUUAGAAUAACAUUAGAAGUGAGUAUUUAAGAUCCUUUAUCCUGUGGAUUUAAAAAUGCAGAUUCCAUCUUUCUCCCUCUAGCUGCCUUACACGUCUUUGCCCUCUUUGUUGGUCUCACAGUUUGGUGAGAACUGCUAACUGAAAUACAAGUUUCAAUCCGCGGGUGACCGGUUCUUAAAGGUUUCUAAGUAAAUCAACAUAUUGCAAAUUUCCUAUGCAAACUUGACUCCUGCUGUUAUCCACGAAGCUCAGGAAAUCCAAAUAUUUGUGUUUCAGCAAAGGACAGUAAACCGUGUGUUUACAGCCAAAAGAAAUGCCUCAUGGUUCCUAACCUCAACUUUUUUAAAAGUUUUUUUUUUUCUCUAUGAUAUUUUUAUUGGCAUUUAAAGAUGUUUUCAUAGCUAAACCCCGAAGUAAGUGAGAUUAGAUUAUAUUAGCAAUAUUUUUAGAUAACCAUGCUUAAGAUUUCUUAAAAAUGUCAUUUUUUUCCUCAAAAAUUUUCAGCUAUAGCAGAGGGCCAGUUAUAUAUUCCAAACUCAACAUGAGCUGCCAACAGUACCCCUAGAAUUUUCUAGUCUACUUAUGAAGUCCUUCUUUUGCCAGUUGACUAUUUGUAAACACCCCAAACUCUAGCUCCCAUAAAUGAUUCCUGGAAUGACAAUUAGUCCCAGCCAGUGUCUCCAUGUUGAAAGUAAACGCCCGGCAUGGUAACACGGUGCACAGCAAAAGUCUUGGGGGAAAAUAUGUCUGUUGACUUUCAGGUUAAAAUAACGUUUGACUUGCUUGCAGCUUCUCCUAUGGCCCCGAUCAUGAGGGAGCUAAGUGGGAUGCAGAACUUUUAGUACGUUACUAAGGGUGGAGGCCCACUCUGACAGGUUCAGUGGACGGCGGGGCUGCCUAGGCUCUGAGGCGCAUGGCUGAACUGCCUGUGUUCAUCUGUAUUAGGUAAAGACCAAAGCCAGCCAAACAAAAGUGGCUUCAGGUUGGUGGUGUUCCUUUUCUUGAGUUGUCUAAUUACAGUUCAGCAUUUCUCAAAAGUGCUCCAAAGAAAUGUGAAAGGGUUUGUCUCAGAACUUAAGGAGUUACAAAGCCACCUCCCCUGGUGCCCACCCCACAGCAUUGCUGCAGAAUGUAAAACUUGAGACAUUUUGUAGGAUGCCUGACAACAUGUAGCCUUUUUCUUGUUUCAGGAUGCAUAUUUAUUACAAGUAUUCUGGUUAAAUAUUGAAAAGAUAUAUGCUGUAGUUUAGCAUUUUUAUCUUUGUAAUUUUCAGAAAUCCUUGCAGAAAAUAA